AUGGCAGAGACUGCUGCCACAUCCUCCAAGCCCGUCCACACAAUUGUGCUGGACGCUGGCCCGAUUCUCAAGAAUACCCCGCCGCUUUCGACCCUCCUCGCCCAGUGCGACGAAAUCAUCACGACCCCCUCCGUGGUGAGCGAGAUCCGCGAUCCGGAUGCCCGCCUGCGCGUCGAAACACUUUACCUGCCCUUUCUGAAGCAGCGCUCGCCCACACCGAAGAGCUUCAACAUUAUCAGCGAAUUUGCUCGCAAGACCGGUGACCGAUCUGUGCUCAGCAGAACCGAUAUCGAGGUUCUUGCGCUUGCUUAUGAGAUUGAGUGCGAAAAGAAUGAGGGAGACUGGCGGUUAAGAAGCGUCCCUGGCCAGAAGCGAAUCAACGGAAAGCCGCCUGUGAAGGAGGCCGAGGAGGCCAAGGCCGAAGAUGCGGAGGUGGAAGCCAUUACAGAGGGCGUGAAUGAGAUCACAGUCGCGGAUGCACCAGAGGAGCCACAAAAAGAGGAAGUGGUUGCCCUAACCAAGGAGGCCGAAGAAGUCGCCGAGGUUGCUGCUGAGGUCGCUGCUGAAGAAGACGAGGAUAUAGAUCAAAAUGUGGAUGAAGCCGAUUCUGACGGCGGGGAAUGGAUCACGCCCUCUAACUAUAAGAAGCGCCUUGCUGAGGAUGAGUCCGGAUCAGCGACUCUCGCUGCCGCGCCGAAGACAAUGCAGGUUGCGACUAUGACCACUGAUUUCGCGUGUCAAAACGUACUUCUGCAAAUGAACCUCAACCUUCUGUCUACCACCACCCUACAGAAGAUCCAGCAUCUUCGUACCUUCAUCAAGCGCUGUCACGCUUGUUUCCUGACUACAAAGGAGUUGGACAAGCAGUUCUGCCCUCGUUGCGGCAAGGACACUCUCACCCGUGUCUCAUGCACGACCACUGCCAACGGCGCCUUCACUAUGCAUCUUAAGAAGAACAUGCAGUGGAACAAGCGCGGCAAUGUAUACAGCGUUCCCAAGCCCGUCGCGGGCAGUUCGAAUGGCAAGUGGAAGGGCGGCGGUGGUCAGCGAGGAUGGGGCACUGAGCUCGUUCUUUCUGAGGAUCAGAAGGAGUAUCAACGCGCCAACAUGGAAGAAGAGCGACGACAACGUCGCGAACGUGAUCUCAUGGACGAGGAUUACUUGCCUGGUAUCUUGACCGGCGAGCGCAACAGAGCUGGCGGUCGUGUUAAGGUCGGGGCUGGCCGCAACGUCAACUCGAGAAAGCGCUAA